AUGUUCUCUUUUCUGAGAAUUGUGGGGAAGAGGGCUUUGGUUUAUAGCUUUCCGAAAGCGCAAAGAGGAUAUACAAUUAAUGCACAAACAUGCCUGAGGAGAUGGAUACAUACAGAGAAAGUCAAAACAUCAGAUGGAUUAAAUAAGCAAAGGUUUGAUAGUCUCAAGUUGCUAGCCCAUAAUGAGUUUCUAGAGAACAAAUCACUGGCGAGUGAAAAGAAGGCUUCGGAAAAAGCUUUUGAGAUAGUGAGUACAGUGAAAGCAUACCAGGAUUCUAUAUACGAAUACAGGAAACUUCAUCCAGAGAAAGAGCCGCUUAUUAUAGAAUCAAACAAGUUGUUGGCCGAAAUCCUUAGAAGCAAAAAGAUCAACUUUGAUGAAACGUUGCUUACGAAAAUAUUAAAGCUUGAGCCUAAAUAUCCGACGUUAAAGACAAUAGUGGAGGCCUACUAUUCCCAGGAUAGUAAGUUGUACAUCCCAGUUGAGUUGGCAACCAUACCGUUUCGUCGGCUUUUGUGGGAUGCCAGUUUCCAGGAUGCAUUGGACUAUAUUGAGCUUACUACCGGUUCGGAACGGUACUUCAAUCACAGGAAAUCCCUCAUUAAACGCUAUGUUGGGUAUUUUGGAGGCUCUAUAGCCGUUUUGAUUGGAUCAAUUCAUGCAGUUGUUCUUCUUUUCUUUCCAGAAAUACUCCACUCAGGCACGGGAGGAACGCAUUUUGGAAUAUAUGGAAUAUAUGCGAUGAUCAUCACGUACUUUGUGAAUUGCGGCUUUCUUGCCACGAUGGCCUUUUCAUCCAGAGGAAUGGAAAACGGCUCAUUGCUCUUUGAGCAUGGAUCAAUGCCAUGGAACUGGUAUCAGAAAGUUGAUGAGAUGGAGAUGUGUGCAAAAGUGUUGGAGGCAGAUGCUGCCAUUCACGGUGAAGAAGGCUUCGCAACUAGGCCAAUCGUUUCAAGGAUAAACUCUAUGGGUUUUGUAGUGAAUGAGCCGGAGCAGGAAGUCAUGAUGAGGCAGUACUGGUACUCUUCUGGGGAAGGCUUUACCUGGGUAGAGCCGGAUUUGGAUCCUGCAGAAAUUCAGUGGUGGAAUCACUUGAAAGAAAUUGGCGUCAAGAAGUUUUGGGACAAGGAUUAUGUGAAGCUUGAAGGAUCGCCUGAUGUUGAAGAAAACAGCGAUGACGAGGAUCUUAUUCUACCCGAUAAAUGA